AUCUUACUCUGCGAAGACAACAACUGCGAUUGCAAAAAAAAAAGACCACUCUAUAACUCGUUAACAGCAUUAGUUUCAAUUAGACUGCAGUUCGCUGCGCUAACAGUUAGUCAGUGAGGUCACUGCGUUGGUAAAUUGGUUGCAGUCAGUCACCGCCAUCGAUCUCAGCAAUCAUGAAGCCCCGUGUCGUGCGUAGUCGAAUCCGCCAGCAGGAACUGAACCCAGUCUUCCACUGGCAAGAUAAAACCGAAGAUGACAAAGUGCUUAGCAAAACCAAGAUCAAGCAAGCGCUCAAAUCGGGGGUGCUGAAUCUGUCCGGGCAGGGAUUGGCCACGGUGCCGGAAAAAGUGUGGAAUCUGAGCGACUCGGAGGAUUGCGACAAGGAGGUUCGGUAUGAUCUGGAUCGGUCGAACGAGGAGGAAAGCUGGUGGAACCAGAAAACGCUGACCAAUUUGGAUCUGAGUUCGAACGCGCUGACCAGCAUCAGUGAAAAUGUGAAGAAUUUGGGUGAUCUGACGGUGUUGAACCUUCAAGAUAACGCACUAAUCAGCCUCCCGGAUGGCAUCGGUUGCCUGAGCAAACUAACCAAGCUAAACAUUAGCCGUAACAAGCUCAUCGAGCUACCGGAGAGUUUCUUCGAGCUGAAGGAACUGAAGGUCCUGAACCUGUCGCACAACGACUUCGCCGAAAUCCACAGCAACGUGAGCGAUCUGAUCAUGCUGGAAGUGCUGGACAUUUCCUUUAACAGCCUUAACUCGCUUCCCGGCGGCAUUGGGUUCCUGGUGCGUCUCCAACAGCUAACGCUCAAUAACAACCGGCUCACAGAGCUACCGAACGAUAUUGUCAAUUUGAGAAACCUCCACAAGAUGGACCUGGCGAAGAACGAUCUGAAACAGCUGCCACCGGUGAUGGGUGAGCUGCGCAAGCUGGAGUGUCUGUACGUGCAGCACAACGACGUGGGGGAGUUGCCGGACUUCACCGGGUGUGACGCCCUGAAGGAGAUUCACAUUUCGAACAACUUUAUCAAAUCCAUUCUGGCGGAUUUCUGUGAAAAUCUACCGCAGCUGAAGGUGCUAGAUCUUCGGGACAACAAGAUCGAGAAGCUGCCGGACGAGAUAUCGAUGUUGGCCAGCUUGACGCGGCUGGAUUUGUCGAACAAUUCGAUCAGCAGUUUGCCGUCCUGUUUGUCGACGCUGGCUCACUUGGUGAGUCUGCAGGUGGAGGGCAAUCCGAUUCGGUCGAUUCGGCGGGAUAUCAUACAGUGUGGUACGCAGCGGAUUUUGAAGACGUUGAGGGAGAGGGAUGGACCGGGGAAGGGGGUCGAAAAUGUAAAGGCACCGUUUGAGGAGAGCACGUUUCCGGAUGUUUACCAGAUGAAGAAGGGACGGUCGAUGAUUGUGAGUAACAAGAACUUGAUUGAUAUUCCGGAGCAGGUUUUCCUGGACGCGUCGGAGGCAUCGGUUUACAAUGUGGACAUCAGCAAGAACAAGCUGGGAGAAGUUCCAUCGGGCAUCACAAAUCUGGCAGAUCAGCUAACGGAGCUAAACAUCAGCUUCAACUUACUCAAAACGAUCCCAAUGUUCUUCUCGAGGUUCGAACGGAUCAGCUACCUGAACGUUUCGAACAACUUACUGUCCGACCUGCCGGAAGUCGUUGGUCUGUUGGUAACGUUGCGUGAACUCAACGUAGCCAACAACCAGCUCAAGCGCAUCCCUCCGUGCGUCUACGAACUGAAAGGGCUGGAGAUCCUGUUGGCUCGGGACAACAAGAUCGAGGAAAUCGAUGCCACCGAUGCGGGUCUGGCCGCACUGCCCCGACUGGCAACGCUGGAUUUGGCCAACAACAACAUCAAGCAGGUUCCGCCGGUUUUGGGACUGUUGAAGAACAUCACAACUCUGGAACUGAUCGGAAACGGCUUUCGGCAGCCGCGUCACCAGAUUCUGGAAAAAGGAACGGAAUCCAUCAUGGCUUACCUGCGGGAUCGCAUACCCACUUAGGGACGCGCCGUACUUGCCGCCGCACGCCUAGUCGCACCUGAGAUUACGUAUUACAUAUAGUAGCUUGCAUGCUUUUAGUCCCUCGCUAGAGGUAAAAUACAACCAUACUAAAGAGAUAUUAGGGCAUUUUUGUAUACAUUCUUAGAAUACUUUAUUAUUGAUAGAAGCACACCGCUUUGGGACACGAUUCGUAGCAGAAUUGGAUCGUUAGCCUAAAAUUUAUCGUCGUUGAGCUGGGAAACAUAAAGGCAUGGAAACGUGCCGCUAGUACAA